AUGGCUUCACCGGAGUGGGUGCAGGCCAUCUGCCUCUUUCUGGGCGUCUGGGUCGUCGGCAUCGCGGUUGCGGCGACCCGGAGCUCUGGGGCACCUCCCACCUCAAGCAUCUUGAGGUCAAAGGCAGCAAGAAUAUUGCAAGAAUCGAGGCAGGAGAGACAUCUUGACCUGGGAGGGCACAAUCUGCAACAUCAGGCACGUAGAGCAGGGUUCGGCUUUUGCUCUGGCCUGAGUGUAGAUGGUGUCCUCCCUGGGGAGUCAGGAUACAGAUCGAAGAAACAGAUUGAUGAUGCUUCUUGUAAGCUGGUGAGAGAUGGACAAUAUUCUCACGGCGGCAAACAUCAAGGAAACUGCGACUUUUCGACUACGCAUACCUCCAGAACAACGAUGACGGGAUUCCAGUUGGAAUCCCGCAUCAAGCAUGUCUGUGUAUCUUCGUUCCUCCCUCGCAUACCAAACCCCAAAUCUCCUUGCUGCAUAUAUGGUCUUUGUGGAUUUUGUUUGGAUGCCGGCCUGACUGAUCCCUUACCAUCAUCGAAUAUGGCGGCUGCAGUUGACCCAGCAAGGCGGACGCAAGUCCUUCGCGUCAUCUUUAUCUCUCUGCUUUUGGACUUGAUCUCAUUCACCUUUAUCCUCCCCCUGUUCCCGAAGCUCCUGGAAUUCUACCGCGACCGCGAAGCCCCGGCUACCCACGACGGCGAAUCGGCCACCCUUCUACAAUGGAUACUCGCCGGGCUACAUCGAUACAAGGCUGCAUUUUCCCGGCCGAUAGAAUCCCGCUAUGAUAUUGUUCUCCUGGGGGGAGCUAUGGGUUCCUUAUUCUCACUUCUCCAAGCCAUUGCGUCUCCGAUCAUAGGCUCAUUCUCCGAUCGAUACGGCCGCCGGCGCGCCCUUCUAUUCUCCAUGUGCGGAAAUGUCCUCUCCGUCCUUCUGUGGGUGGCUGCCGUCGAUUUCCGAACCUUCAUUGCCAGCCGUGUGAUUGGUGGCCUGUCGGAGGGCAACAUACAGCUGGCCACCGCCAUGGCGACGGACAUCUCGGACGAGACCACUCGAGGUCGUACAAUGGCUAUUAUUGGUGCUUGCUUCUCCAUAGCAUUUACAUUCGGGCCUGCGUUGGGAGCUUGGCUUAGCAGCAUCUCUACAUUUGCCGCCAAUCCCUUUGCGACAGCUGCAGGAUUCAGCUUGGCCCUGAUUGUGCUCGAGACGGUCUAUCUCUACUUCAAGCUUCCAGAGACGCUCCCUGCUCUGACAGGAUCGGACGCCAAGGCUGGCCGGGACAAGAAGAAGGCCGAGCCUCGCUCGGUGGAGCGAACAAACUCCCAUUUCUUGCUCAAUGCGAUCCACUUCGUGUUUCUGCUCUUCUUCUCGGGAAUGGAAAGCUCUCUUUCGUUCAUGACGUACGAGCUCUUCGAAUUUUCUUCAAUGAAGAACGGAAGACUCCUCGGGUAUGUCGGCCUGGUGUCGGCUGUCCUGCAGGGAGGCGUGACUCGUCGACUUCCAGCCUUGACCUCGGUCCGCGCAGGCGUGAUUUCGUGUCUUGCCGCCUUUGUACUUCUCGGCAGAAUCUCCACGGUUGGGGGCCUCUAUCUCGCUGCCACUUGCUUGGCAGUUACGUCCGCCACGGUGGUGACGGGACUCAAUACCCUGAGCAGUUUCGAGGCCAGCGAGGACGAACGGGGCGGGAAGCUGGGCAUCUUGCGAAGCUGGGGGCAGCUGGGCCGCGGGCUGGGACCUAUACUGUUCACCAGCGUGUAUUGGUGGGCUGGGAGGGAGUUUGCCUACACGCUCGGAGCUACUGGCAUGGCUGUGGUGAGCGCCGUGGUUCUUCUUGGGUUGAGGACACCCAGAACCGCUGCGUCAGCCAAGCCUGCUGGCAAAGGCCAUUGA